AUGCCAGCAAUGAAAGGUUUGCUCGCCCCACAAAAUACUUUCCUGGAUACCAUCGCUACACGGUUCGACGGAACGCAUAGUAACUUCCUUCUGGCCAAUGCUCAGGUUCAUCGAGGUUUCCCAAUAGUCUACUGCUCUGAUGGCUUCUGUGAUCUCACUGGCUUUGGCCGAACUGAAGUCAUGCAAAAGAACUGCACCUGUCGGUUCCUGUAUGGAGUGGAGACCAAUGAUGUUGUCUUGCAGGGCAUUGAGAGGGCGCUUGAUGAAAAGCAAGAAUACCAGGCAGAGGUGUGCUUCUAUAAGAAGGAUGAGAACCUUUUCUGGUGCCUACUGGACAUUGUUCCCAUCAAGAAUGAAAAGGGAGAGGUGGUGCUGUUUCUCUUCUCAUUUAAGGAUAUCACUGAAACCAGAGGGAGGGCUCAGACAAGUGACAGAAAAGAAGAAAAACUGAAGAGUCGGCGCUCUGGGACCUCUCACUUCAGUUCAGUGAGAAGACAAAGCAGGACAAUGUUGUGUCACCUGACUGGUCAAGUAUCUGGCAGGGAUAAGAACGACAUUAAACUCAACAGUAACCUGUUUGAUAACAAGCCUUCUUUACCCGAAUAUAAAGUGGCCUCUGUACAGAAACCAUGCUUCAUCCUCCUCCACUACAGCAUCUUCAAAGCUUUAUGGGACUGGCUCAUCCUCCUAGCCACUUUCUAUGUAGCUGUCACCGUUCCCUACAAUGUCUGCUUCACAAGUCAUGAUGAAAGUGUCUCUGCUGCACGCAGCACAAUUGUCAGUGACAUUGCAGUGGAAAUGUUAUUUAUUUUGGAUAUUAUCCUUAAUUUCCGGACCACAUACGUCAGCCAAUCAGGUCAGGUGGUGUACAACCCCCGUUCUAUCUGCAUCCACUACCUCGCGACAUGGUUCUUUGUGGACCUUAUUGCAGCUCUACCAUUUGACCUUCUCUAUGCAUUUAACAUCACAGUGACGUCCCUGGUCCACCUGUUAAAGACAAUACGAUUGUUGAGACUUCUGAGGUUGCUGCAGAAGCUUGACCGUUAUUCCCAGUACAGUGCAAUGGUGCUAACACUACUCAUGUCCAUGUUUGCUCUCUUGGCUCAUUGGAUGGCUUGCAUCUGGUACGUGAUUGGCCGUAAGGAAAUGGAGAGCAAUGAUCCUGUGACUUGGGACAUUGGUUGGCUCCAUGAACUUGGCAAAAGACUUGAAGCGCCAUAUAUAAAUAAUUCUCUAGGUGGCCCAUCUCUCCGUAGUGCUUACAUAGCAUCCCUCUACUUUACCCUCAGCAGCUUGACCAGUGUAGGUUUUGGAAAUGUCUGCGCCAACACAGAUGCUGAAAAGAUCUUCUCAAUCUGUACAAUGCUAAUAGGAGCACUGAUGCAUGCAGUGGUGUUUGGUAACGUCACAGCAAUCAUCCAACGUAUGUACUCUCGACGUUCCCUCUAUCAUACACGUAUGAAGGACCUGAAGGAUUUUAUCCGUGUUCAUCGUCUGCCCCAGCAGCUCAAGCAACGUAUGCUUGAGUACUUCCAGACUACAUGGUCUGUCAAUAAUGGCAUUGAUGCUAAUGAGUUACUGAAAGAUUUCCCAGAUGAGCUCCGUGCUGACAUUGCCAUGCAUCUUAACAAGGACAUCCUUCAGCUUCCAGUAUUUGAGCCCGCCAGCCGUGGCUGCCUACGUGCCCUAUCAUUGCAUAUCAAGACAUCAUUCUGUGCCCCAGGCGAGUAUCUCCUGCGACAGGGAGAUGCCUUGCAAGCUAACUACUUUGUGUGCUCGGGGUCUCUGGAAGUCCUGAAGGACAACAUGGUGUUAGCUAUUCUUGGAAAAGGUGAUCUGAUUGGUGCAGACCUUUCAAGCAAGGAUCAGGUGAUCAAGACAAAUGCUGAUGUGAAAGCUCUGACAUAUUGUGACCUGCAGUAUCUAAGCCUACGGGGACUUCUGGAAGUGCUGGAAUUGUACCCUGAAUAUUCUAGCAAAUUCAUGGCUGAUAUUCAUCACGACCUGACCUUUAACCUCCGAGAAGGCAGCGAGACUGAUGGCUGCUAUAGGUUUUCAAGAUCGCCGCGUCUUUCACAGCCUCGACCAGAAUCUGGUACUGCUUCUGAAAAAAAGCUGUCAUCCAUCUUGGAAGAUAAUGAUGAGACAGAUGACUUCUUUCGCCAUUCUCCAGCCACCAUGACACGUAGGAAGCUCAUGUUGCCUAAUCUCAAUAGCCCAGUGAGACGUGGCUCCCUAAGCAGUCUCCUUGGUGAUGAUCUGCGUCAAUUCUCAGCUUUUCGUCUGAAUUGCCGUUCACCUGCACGCAGCAACCGUGGAAGGAGCCCUUCUCCACAGUGUCGCAAGGGUGAGAAAGUGUCUGAAACUGAGAGUUCUGGCUCACGAAAGCCAGCUAAACUCUUAAUCCCUGCUCUCAACACUUAUGGCCCACCAGAUCUCAGUCCAAGAGUUGUGGAUGGAAUUGAGGAUGGUGGGGAUGUCUCAGAGAGCAAAACAUUUGAAUUCAACGUGAACUCAACGGCAAGAUCGCCAGUUAAACAAUCUUCUGCAGCAGGCAUGAAUCUGGUAAAUCCAAUCUUGGCGGCUGAAGCUGAGGAAAUAAAACAUAACAUCUGCAGAUUAAACCAAGAGAUAAAUGGUCUCAACCAUGAAGUUUCUCAGCUAAGCAAGGAGCUCCAGCACAUGAUGCAUUUACUGCAAACUCUAUUGGCUUCCCAGCAGUACAAUCACCCCUUGGCAUGUCCCUAUGCUGUCCAGGUUGUCUCUGCACCAUCUUCAACCCGUAUAAGCUGUAAUGAGCAGCAGCCCAGGUCCAAUUAUCCCAUGACACUCUCUCACCAUAUGAUGCAGGAUUCUGCAAUGCCCAGGACUCUUGGACAUGGAUCCUUGUCAUCAGACAUUGCUUAUACCCAAAUCCAUUUAAAAAAGACUCCUCCAGAUGUGUGCCAGAGGUCAGCAGAUACCGAAGCCUUCCAGCCCACAAGGGACUGUUGUUACAUACCUUCUAACACCAUGUGUUCACCAGGAAUUUCUUUUCCCCAUGGAGAUAUGGAGAGGACUAGGUUCCAGCAGCACAACGAUGAUGUCCCCCCUAGCCCUCAGACUUCUAACUAUGGAUCUCCUGCCUCAGGACCUUUCAUCAUGUGCCACCAAACUCAUUCCCAGACUUCUAUCAGUUCUGUCCAAUCUUUUUCAACCUGUACCACACAGAACAAUCCACCAAACAACUACAAUACAGAAUCACUCCAGACAGCAUCCAGUAGCAUGAUAGAGCCUCAAAUCCCAUGA